AGAAACAUGCCUACCUGACAAUAAUAACCCACUAGCUCCUCCUCCAACAACUUGCCCCUUUCAAUAUACCUAUCCAGUAUCCAUCCAUCCACCUCUCUCAUUAAAUAGAAUCCAACCAAAUUAAGAACAAAACCCUCUUACGCGUUUAUUUCCAAAUUUCUUCUCUCCAGUUCACUCACAUGUUAGAGAUCCACCUUCCAUUUUUUCCUUCUAUAAACAAUUCCACCUAUAACUCAGUCAAACAUGCUUCAAACGACUAGUAUAUAGAGGCAUAGAGCUACUACAUAUUAGGGAAGCAAAUCGAACAUACCUCUUACAAACUGAGCUCUGAACUCCUCUCACAUUAACAAUGGCUACUUCCAAGCUUUCCCCUUUCUUCUUCCCCACCAUUCUUCUCCUCCUCGCCUUCUCCCUCCCCAUUUCAUCUCCUCAAUCAACUAACUCCACCGCUGCCGCCCCGACCAACUUCUGCAGCACAACUCCAUACCCAUCAUUCUGCAGAUCGACUCUGCCGUACAACAAAACCAGCACCAUUCAUGACUACACUAGAAAAUCAGUCAAACAAUCUCUCUCCCAGGGCAGGCAAUUCCUUCGGCUGAUCAACUACCUUAUCAGAACAGCUUCCAGGUCCAAACCCUUCCAAACUCUCAUUCCUCCGCUGCAGGACUGCAAGUUCCUGGCCCAGAUGAAUGUGGACUCGCUGUCGGACACCAUGUCCACAAUCAACUCAAGGAACAACCUUUCCAGCUUCACAGCCAGCGACUUGCAGACCCUUCUGAGUGCCACGUUGACCAACCUCGACACUUGCCUCGACGGGAUUCGUGCCGCAGAUUCCAGCUCCACUGUGGUCAGCGGCCUUGUAGCUCCUUUGCUCAAUGGCACGAAGUAUUGCAGUGUGUCUCUGGCACUUUUCGCCAAAGGUUGGGUUCCUCCUCCCAGAAAGAGGAACAAGGGCAGAGGCCUUAUGGAGAGCCGUCACAUUUUCUCCCAUCUCGAUCUCACCCAUGGUUUGCCGUUGAUAAUGUCGAGCCAGGAUCGUCGCGUGUUCGAGUCCUUCGAUGGUGGUAGGAGGAAGCUUCUCCAAGCUCCCAUUGGUGGGAUUUCCGUGAGCCAGAUGGUGGUUGUGGACAAGAAGGGAGGUGGGAACUUUACAAACAUUAAUGAUGCCAUUGCUGCAGCUCCUAAUGCAACAAAUGGGGUCGUACCUGGUAACAGCUACUUUGUCAUUUAUGUGACAAAGGGUUUGUAUGAAGAAUACAUUUCCAUACAAAAGAACAAGCAGAACUUGAUGAUGGUCGGAGAUGGAAUUGGCCGGACAACCAUUACUGGGAACCACAGUGUCAUCGAUGGCUGGACCACAUUCAAUUCCUCCACAUUCGCCGUCGUCGCCCCAGGAUUCGUCGCCGUGGGGAUAACGUUCCGGAACACGGCGGGGCCGUCCAAGAUGCAAGCCGUCGCACUUCGAAACGGCGCCGACAUGUCAGCAUUCUUCAACUGCAGCUUCGAAGGCUAUCAGGACACACUCUACGUCCACUCCUUGCGCCAAUUCUACCGCGACUGCACGAUCUACGGCACCGUCGACUACAUCUUCGGCAACGCCGCCGUCGUGUUGCAGAACUGCCGGAUCAUGUCCAGGCUCCCCCUGCCCAACCAAUUCAACACCAUAACCGCGCAGGGCCGGACCGACCCGAAUCAGAACACCGGGAUCUCGAUCCAGAAUUGCAGCAUCAAGGAAGCCAAGGACUUGGCUUUGAGCAAUGGAACCACCAGGUCUUAUCUGGGUCGGCCCUGGAAGGCCUAUUCGAGGACGGUGGUGAUGCAGUCGUCGAUCUCCAGUUUCUUAAAUCCGGCGGGUUGGGCGCCGUGGGCCGGCAACGCUUCGCUCGAUACGCUUUAUUAUGCGGAGUUCAAUAACUCCGGCAUCGGAGCGCUGACCAGCGGGAGGGUGAACUGGCCGGGUUUUCAUCUGAUUAACGAGACCGAUGCCGGGAAUUUCACGGUGGCGAACUUUACACAGGGGGACGUUUGGUUGCCGGCGACCGGCGUUCCUUUUGCUACUGGGUUGUUGGUGCAAUAAUGUCUGAGAUUUCUAAUUUCUAAUUCUUUUUAUUCCAUUUUCCGGCGAAGUCAUUGGAAUUAGAUAGAGAUGAAGUAGUUUGUCAAAUUGAAAUGUUCAUAUCGUUCUCGUGAAGUCAUGGAGGCAAAGUCAGUUUUUCGGAAUUUGGAUUCUUUUUGGCGGGUGGGUUUAGCGACGUGGGCGCCAUUGUCUAUUUGUUAAGGGGAAAUAAAUGCUGUUUUAGAGUUGGCCAUUAUGUAUUUCUAAUUCUAUUCUGGAGAAGGAAUCAAUUCCUAAGAACAUAAAUAUGAAUUUCAUAUGAAGUAGAA